AUUUAAAGCUAAGAAUAUAAAGAAGAAGAAGGUGUACAUUAUGGUGUCCGUGGACGGAGUCAAGGUGGCUCUCAGGAAGAAAAAAAAGAAAAAAGAGUGGACCUGGGAUGAGAGCAAGAUGAUGGUGAUGCAGGAUCCCAUUUAUCGGAUUUUCUACGUAUCGCAUGAUUCUCAGGACCUGAAGAUUUUUAGUUACAUUGCCAGGGAUGGAGCAACCAAUGUGUUCCGAUGCAACGUGUUCAAGUCCAAGAAGAAGAGUCAAGCCAUGCGUAUUGUGCGUACGGUGGGCCAGGCUUUUGAAGUGUGCCACAAGCUAAGUUUGCAGCAUACCCAACAGAAUGCCGAUGGGCAGGAAGAUGGAGACAGUGAGAAGAACAACAAUGAAGCAAGCGUUCCAGCUCGCCAGCUGACCGGUGCAGAGAAAACUGUCUUGGAAGAAACCGACAUCGAUGCUGAGGAAGCCCCCUUACCAGACAGUACCAUCGAUGAUUUCAACCGGGGGGUGACAGAUCUGGACGCUGCCAAGAGUGACCAGGACACCAACAAAGAGAAAAAGGUUCCUGAGGAGAACAUUUUGCUGGCAACUCCAAAAAUGCUCCUUCCAACCUCCAGCCAGCUGCCGGCGGGAGCCCCACUUUCUGUGCAUCACCAAAUCCAGCUCCUCCAUCAGCAGCUCCAACAGCAGCAGCAGCAGACGCAAGUCGCCGUGGCCCAGGUUCAUCUACUGAAAGACCAGCUUUCUGCCGAAGCAGCGGCUCGAAUUGAAGCUCAGGCCCGGGUUCACCAGCUCCUGCUUCAGAACAAAGACAUGCUGCAGCACAUCUCUCUGCUGGUCAAGCAGAUCCAGGAGCUUGAGCUCAAACUCUCGGGACACAACUCAAUGGGAUCUCAGGAUAGUUUGCUGGAAAUCACAUUCCGUGCAAAUGUGCCUCCGGUGCUGUGCGACCCAACUACUCCAAAGCCUGAGGAAGUUACCCUGCCGCAGCUCAAUGAUGGAACGCAGCUUUCACUGCCCUUGGGCAGCCCCCUAGGUAGGGAAAACUGUCUAGUAAAACUUGAAUGCUUCCGCUUCCUUCCCGGGCCUCCUCAGGAAGUGCAGGGCCAGGAGAAGCAGCCUCCCAUCCCGUCAAGGGAUGAGUUCUUGGGUAGCCUGGAAUUCAUUAAGUUCCGGGAGUCGGGGAUCGCCUCAGAGUAUGAAUCCAACACGGAUGAAAGCGAUGAGCGGGACAGCUGGGGUCACGACGAUGGCCAUCUGAGGCUGUUGAACGUGUUAAACAAGCAGAGCCCGUCGGAUUGCCUGGACGAUGAGAUUGCAGUCUAGAAAUGCAUUUCGUCAACUUGUCUUUUCUAGCCUGGUUCAAGCUUUGGCAAUAAUUGACUCGGCAAGCACCCAUCUUUCAAUCUUCUCCCUGCAUUUCAAAGUUGUCUUUGCCUUUAUCGACACAUUCCGGAGAGUACUUUGAGGUUUCCAGCACCGAAUACGAAGAUUACGCCACCUACACUGUAUUAAACUCUUUAAGUGUUAGACGUGUAACGGCAUUCUCGUGUGCAUGCAUCAAACAGUGAUUUGUGAAUCACACCAGUAGAUGUCUACUCUUCAGUCACUGUGUGCAGAUGUUCAUUUCGGUGAUUUUUCUUUCAAACCUCCUGCAAUGAGACCUAAUGGGUGACUGGCCAUCUACAGACUAAAAAAAAAGAACAAACGUUCUGUACGUUUCGUGAAAGUGCAGCCUUGUCCUGAUGAAACUUUUCGUAAGCGUCCAACCUUGCAAGCAUGAUGGAUGCCACGUGGCACCAGGUUUCACCUUCACUGCUUUUGUGACAAGUUUCACAUUUCUGAACCAUUCAGCCAUGUUAUACAUUGUGGAGAAAAAAAAUGGAUUAUUUGCAAUAUGAACUUGUAUUGUGACACAAAUAAAUUUCAGAACCCUUGUAUUUUAAUGUUAUAUUCAAAUUUGUCAUUCUCGAUGAGC